AUGGCCGGAAAACGUGGCCGGGCAACGCUGAUGGCGACCUCCGUUGCUCCACAGUUUACAGAAAGUCGCCUCUCCUACGUCCAAGACCGGCAAUCCAGGAUACGUUUCCUCGUCGAUACGGGAGCUGACGUCAGCGUUUCGCCAGCCUCCCCUGCUGACCGUUUUCGGAAACCCCUGUUUCACCUGCUGGCAGUCAAUCACACUGGCAUACCGGUCUACCAACAGAAGUCCCUUUCGCUAAAUCUGGGCCUCCGGCGAUCCUUUCGCUGGGUUUUCCUUGUGGCAGCAGUUAAGGACGCCAUUCUUGGGGCAGACUUCCUGCAUCACUUUCGACUGACUGUGGACGUUUCUCGCCGCCUCCUCCGCGACUCUACCACGUCUCUCGCCGUUGCAGCGAUACCUGCUUCUCCUGGUUUGCCGCUGUUUGGCUCGGCUCUAGCCCACCUAAAGUCUCCCUUCACUGGGCUGCUUGACCAAUUCCCCUCCCUCACGCGCUCUCCGGAAUGGACGCGGCCCGUGCAGCACGACCUGGUCCACUAUAUUCAAACCACGGGACUGCCUGUUUCAGCGACGACACGGCCGCUGCCUCCGCAGAAGCUGUGCAUCGCCAAGCAGGAAUUCGAGCACAUGCUCUCAAUCGGCAUCGCUCGCCCUUCUUCGAGUAGUUGGUCUUCAGCGCUCCACAUGGUCCCCAAGAAGACAGGCGACUGA